CUGGAAGGAAGGAAGGAAGGAAGAAAGAAAGAAUUAACUCAGAGCAGAAUUGACUCCUGUGUAUAGAAAUAUCCAGGAGUCAAAGAAAUGGCCAUGAUUUCUUUCGCAUUCCUGCUCAGUUUGGUCUGCUACGGCUGCAGUCUUCCAACUUCCAAGCCCGCCAUCCGGCCUCUGAAGCCUCUGGUGGAACGCGGAGGCACGAUUCAACUCAUCUGUUCCAUGGAUUGUCCUGGUGCUGAAGUGCAAUGGGAAGGCCUGGACAUCGACUUGGGGGACAUCAUUUCAAACCACACGCAGAGUGUCCUAACACUGAGCAAUGCGACCAUUAGCACGGAGGGGACGAAGAUGUGCUCAGGGCAGUGCCAAGGGAGGCCCUCUCAGGCCAAGGUGGAGCUGAAGGUCUAUUCUUUUCCAGAUACUCUGCAGUUGGACUUCCAGCCCAAGUUGCUGCACGUUGGGCAGCCGGCUCGCUUGCUUUGUUCCAUGAGUCACGUCUACCCUCACGGUGCCCUUACGUUGACGUGGUUUCAGGGAGAUGAACAACUGGAGGCUUCCAAAGAGACGGAAGAAGAAGAAAUGGGAGACUCGGAAGACCAGCUGUUCGUCUACCACUCUGAACUGGAGCUCCCGAGGGUGGCAGAAGAUGUAACUUACAAAUGCAAAGCAACUUUGGAGGUCGAAGAAGAGGUCUUUGUCCACGAGAGGGUCGCUAUCACCAUCACUGGCCCCAAAUCUACGCAGGAGCUUCUCAGUGUCACUAAGAGCAUCGCCCUUACUCCUACAUCUGGAAGGAUAAGUCAAACAUCUGCUCCGGAGCUACUCACCACAGCUAAUUGGAAAUCCUCAGCUGGGAUAACCACCAGUCUCCUCGGUCUUGUUUCCAGCAAGCAUAACAGCUCUGGGACAUCUGUAGUUACACCAACAGCCGCCUCCACGCUGAAAUCCCUAACGGAAGGUCCCAACUCCAUCACAGUGGGCAACAACUCCACUUCUUACCCGAUAGGUAACCCUCUGGCAGAACUAGGGACCACCUCUCCAAAAUUUGAGACGUGGUCCCGUCACCAUGCACGGUUCCAUCUUCAGAUGUCACUAGGUUUAGGUCUUUCAGCCAAAUUCAGGUUUGUUUUGCUUGUCCCUUUCUUAACAGACCGAGAAUUAAGUGCAAAGCCUCUUUCCACGACAGAAGGGGCCACGGAAAGACCAACUACGACCAAGCCGGUUUCCACAGCCAACGGUUUCUUGACAGAAGGAGCCACAGAAAAAACAAAGGACCCCUGCCGACCCACGAUCGUGCCUGUGCCUGCCCAAGGGACAUUGGGAGGCGCCCUUCGCAUCACCUGCCAAACCGCCAAGUGCAGCAGAGACGUCCAAAUCCAGUGGGUGGAAACCCCACUGGCCCAAUCGCAGUACCGUCUGGAGGAAGCCGAGGGGCGGUCGACCCUGAUGGUUGAGCGUGUCAGCUUGGAGCACCAGGGGGUCUAUCGAUGCAUCGCGAUUGCCAGUCCACCCCGAAUAGCUACCGUGCGCAUCGUGGUGUCCGCUGAUGUUGUCAACACCGAUGCCCUCUUCACCAUCGGAGCCACUGGAUCCCUCUUCGGAUUGAUCAUCACAGGCUACAUUGCCCAUCGAUGGCGGCAACGGCACAGAUGGUGAACAAGCGAAAGAUUUCUGUCCAUCUCCUUCUGGACUUCUGGCCAGACCAUGAAAACUAUUCUCUGGUCUUUAAGGGCUAUCAGGCAACCAAGAGGGACUCCCCUCGGACACAUAUGGCCAAGAUUUUCUGCACUGGUCAAGAUCAUAGAGGUGGGAAUGAAGAGCCCAUUUCCAGGGUCGUUCGCCCCAUCGACAGGGCAGUGGGCAUUCGCUGCAGAGCUGGUGGCCGGAUCCUUCUUCACGUUUUUGACGUGAACUCGGUGGAACUGUAGGUUUGAGUGCAACUGUUUAUAUCAGGUGCGGACAACCAGAGCCACUUGUGAAAAGUCUGAGCCAGCAACUCUAUUGACUUCUACCUAUACUACAAGAAUCUCCCAGAUAAGGUUCCAUGGGACUAAAGGGGAAUCAAGCUUAUGCAUCUUGUGACUGCAAGGACUCGAGGCUGGGUCCCUGCUUGAUCCCUCCUCCCUGCCCAGCUGGGAGUUUCCCAACAUUUUAGGAUGGACCUAUAAGGAUGCCAGCUAAGAUCGGCUGCUAUGGUUUUGAACAUUGAAGGGAGAGUAACUCAAGCGAGGUUUUCUUUCUCUCUCUCUCUCUCUCUCUCUCUCUCUCCCUCUCUCUCUCUCUCUCUCUCUUUUCUGCAUAUCCUGAACUUACAAGCUGUCAUGUCCCACUCCUCCGCUGACGGCCGGG